AUGCUGUUAUUUUCAAUCAUUCGUUUGAUUCUGUUAACUUUUGCCCUGUGCCAAGCUACUGAAAUACCUGAAAUUCGCCUCAGAGCGGUUGAUACAGUUACAUCUCGUGUCGAGUCUCUCAAUAUCUCAUGGUUCCAAAAAACUUUUGUUAAACUGUUUGCAAUUGCAUCAGUAAAAGAUGAAGGAAACAGCACCAAUCUAUUGGAAACCUACCAAUCGAUGAAAGAUACAUUAUUCAAAAUGGUAUUGUUAUCUGGCAAAACUCAUACAAAAAAGGUCAUUGUGGAUUUGGUGGACACUGCAAAUGAAGUUCAUGAUAAGGCAAUAGAUGUCAUGUCGAGUUUGCAUUCAGACCCAAACUUGUCAUCUAUCGAAAUGAGUCUUCUAGCAAGGCCAAUCAGUUCGUACACCAGAAGAUUCAUCGAGUUUCAACACUGGCAAUUAGUGAAGAUGUACCAAAAUUUGUUACAUGAUCCAAACACGCCCAUAAACUGGUGGUAUGUCUCACAAUUAUUCGCUGUGGUCGAAAGGUCAUUGUACGCUAAUGAAGUUUCAGUCGAAAUGUUUCAUUCAAAUUCAUACAGGGUAGUAUCUGAAAUCCUCAGAAUAGCAAAAUAUCUGUUAAACACUGGAAACAGUUUUGAACAGUACAAAGUGCCUGAUGAAACUUCGGUAAAAUUCGAAAUAAUGGAAGACCCAAAAAAGAAGCCAAAUCAAGACCAAUACCUCCUCUACAUCAGAAAAAUGAUGUUCUUCAUGAGCCAGGGAAUAGCAAUUGUUUUCUUCUGCGUAGCAGCAAAUUCAAUUCCUUGUAUAUUUGCAUUCGGUUCCCUUAUUUCAAUGUCCUUUGUAAUCUGGAUCUUUGUCAUGAUCCAGUACAUGGCGGAAUUUAACAAUAGAGUACCAACCCCAAGACCAAUAUAA